UUGGAGCAGCUUUGAAUCCAUAGACCUCGGCCGGAACGCGCCGCAAAGCGUUUGCGGUGCAUCAUGGUCGUGGUCUCGCUCUUCGUGUUGAAUCGCAAUGGCUCCCUGAUAUACAGCUACGAGACUCAGGGAUCGCACCUUUCCUCCAACGACAAGAUCCGGCUGUCGUCCACCUUCCACGGCAUCAGCGCCAUCGCGGCGCAGAUCUCGCCCAAGCGAAGCGGAGGCUCUUUCAGCUCCUUACAGGGCAUCCGAACACUGGAUGCGGACACGUUCCGACUCCAGUGCUUCCACACGGCCACGGGCGUCAAGAUCUUUUGUGUGCUGUUGCCGCCUUACGUGGAUGCGGACCUGCUGUUGCGGCAGGUUUAUGCCCACUACAGCGAUUUCGUGCUGAAAAACCCUUUCUACGAACUCGACAUGCCUAUCCGGUUCGAAACCUUCGAAAAGGAGGUGCAGCGAAAGCGUAAGGCGCCUUUGAUCUGAGAGAGCUGUUGUAUCCUUUCUCAAUGACAUAAGAAGAAUUGGCGAUAACUAGUAUAGGUAUUCUAAAAUAAAGAAUGAACG